CGAGGGGUGACUGACUAUCCCCUCGUAUUCCUUAAGUAUAUAUACAGGCAAGACGAAAAUCGAAAUGCCAUAUCACCGACAACCUUCUCCCUGUGCGCGUCUGUUUUCAAGAGCUCCGACCAUGAAAUCUUUGAUUGCUGUCCUGUUGGUGGCCUUAGUGGCCGACGCAGCUCCAGGAGUUGGCUUUGGAGGAGGCGGAGGACUUGGAGGAGGCGUGGGAUUCAACGGCGGCUUCGGCGGUGGAUUCGGUGGGUACGGUGGUCCCUUUGGUACUGGAUACGACGCCAAUCAAUACAGCCAUGCCAAUGGAUUCAACCACGGAGGCCACUUUGCAGGAUUGAAGGGAGGUCUUGGAACUGGUCACCUACUCGGAAAGCGAAGCGCUGAUCCGGAGCCUGGAUUACUCGGUGGACUUGGCUACGGAGGCCUCGGACUUGGCGGUCUCGGCCUAGGCCUAAAUGGCGGAUUCGGUGGUGGAUACGGCGGUUACGGAGGUCUCCUGAGCGCUGGGAACUACGCCAAUGGAUACAGCCACUCCAACGGAUACAGCCAUGGAAACCACAUCCUCAAAGGCUUCGGAGGAUCUGGUGGACUGAAACACGGCCAUCUGAACACUCACUUCCUCGGCAAACGAAGCGCAGCUGAUCUAGAGCCUGAAUCUGAAUGAGGAAUCUCGGUGGUAUUUGAACCUUUUACUAUUGGAGCCUGAUGGCGUAAUAGCGACCUUUAUAACUGAUAAGUCCAGUCUGUUCAUCAUUUCUAAUUACUGAUCAUGUAAUUCAUGUACAAAUGUGCAUUUAUCAAAAAAUAUAUAUAUAUUUUGCAACAAAUUA